CGUUCACCAUGUUAGCUUGUGGGAAAAAGUAUUUUUGGGCCUCAGCGCGUCACGUGACGACGUAAUUACACGAUCGUUAGGAGAGAUGUCUCUCUCCUGACACCCAUCCUCGGGGGUUGAUCAAUAACAUGAUACUGAUACAUUGUCCUGAUAAUUUUAGAUGCAGUAUUCGGUAUUUUCAGACACUUGGGACAUAAGUAUUUUAUAUAAACCUUCGUCGUUAUACGCAGUUUAUAUGACCUGAUGGGCUUGUGUAAACAAAACCAGUGUAAAGCCAGUGCUUGGUGGUUUACUACUGUACGUGAAUAUGACUCCACUGUUAAAUCAAACUACGGAAGCCCUUCAGGCCUGCAGGUGUAAUAAAAGAACGACCGUCUCGUCUGUAAGGAGAAAAUAGCCGCGGUUUAAUCCCCUGUCGGACAGUAAACAGCCACACUGGGCUGUAGAAUGAAUUCACCGAGAAAUGCCGAACACACCUGAGGAGUUUCGCGGAGCUACGACGCGACAAAACGGAGGAGAAAAAGUAGCGGCUGCCAGUGAGCUACAGAGCCCGGAGCAUGACGGAGCCGCAGGAGCACAAUGAGGAGACGGGCCUGAUCGCAACACAGGACCUGGAACCCUCCAAGGACGACGACACACACGGCCACUUUAGGUUUCAGUUGAUUGAAGAUCUGUCCUAUGAGGAUGUAAAGAAAUGUUACCGAGGCUCGACUGUCAGCAAGUACAACUCGCAGUACCACAAACUGUUCCAGUGCGUGCCCAAGGAUGAGAUCCUCAUGAAAGUGUACUCCUGUGCUCUUCUCAGAGAUAUCCUUCUACAAGGCCGGCUCUACAUUUCCAGAAACUGGCUGUGUUUCUAUGCCAACCUCUUUGGCAAGGACAUCAAGGUGGCUAUCCCUGUCGUCUCUGUUAGGCUGGUGAAGAAGCACAAAACAGCAGGACUUGUGCCCAAUGGCUUGGCUAUCACCACAGACACUGGCCAGAAGUAUGUAUUUGUGUCUCUGCUAUCAAGAGACAGCGUGUACGACGUCCUCCGCAGGAUCUGCACACACCUACAGGUCAAUGGGAAGAGUCUGAGCCUGAAGCAGUUCAUGGAGGAGCCGACCUUGUCGUUGGACGAGUUCCCAGUGACAGACGAGUUCCCGGUGGUGGAUGAAUUCCCAUCAGUGUUAAAGUGGAGGAGGAAACCCUCUGUGGUGUCGGUGUCCUCCUCCCUCCCCGACCUCCUGGGGAACUCUACCGGCAGCCUGAGCCCUGCGGACGCGCCCUUCAAAUCAGAGCAGCUGCUGGAAGAACGGCCUCUGCAAACAGACAGAGGUCUUUUAUCAGAGCCAGUGGCGGAGCUGGGCCAGAUGGAGUACCAGCUGCUCAAGUUCUUCACCCUGCUUAUCAUCCUCCUCAUCCUGUCGUCAUGCUACCUGGCCUUCCGUGUGUGCAGUCUGGAGCAGCAGCUGUCCUUCCUCAGUAACCCAAAUCUGCCCCUGAGGGAGAGGUAACCACUGCUCUCCGCUGUGACCCAUCAGAUCAGCUGCUGUUUACUCUCCUCAUGCUUUGAGUUGACAACGCCCUUCUGCACAGAUCCAGGACCAGCUUUAAAGCCCGAUAAAGAUCAACCCCGCACCAGCUACAAAACGUGAAGGAGCAACAUCCUAUGGACCUUCUCUCCUUGGAAUGAGUUCCUGUGUAGUGAUCACUUCCAGACUAUGCAAACAGACUAUUUAUAUCUGAAUUUAAAGUAGGUUUAGCUGUAGAUUAUGAUUGUCUACCCUGGUCUGUCCCUGUCAUAGACAUUUCACCUCUAACCACAACAGUCUGCAGUGUGAAGCUCUUUACCCGAACAUGUUAGUGAGCAGUGGUGAAUGAAACUACAGGGGUUGAAGGUUGGAAAUGUAAGAGAUCAUUUCAAUACAUAAUUACUUGAAAAGACUGAUGACAAAAAUAUUUCAGGUGAGUUUUGACUCAUUCAUUAAAAUCUGACAUAUUUUGAGUUUCUCUGCCAGGCUCUUGCCACAGCCGUCAGUGGGAAGGCUAAAAGCAGCCGCGACAAUGCACUUUCUAAAAUGUGUCCGCGUUAUUUCAAAUGUGUGUAACUGAAGAGUUUGGAUCUACUUUGCGCUUGAUGAUUGGUACUCAGUUGUCAUAUUUGAAGGUAUUUAUGGAAGGAAGUAAUGUUAUGAUGGCAGACACGUGAGUGAAUGAAGUUACCUGUCAUUUAAAUGUAAUGUUUUGAAGCAACAGCACCUCAUGUGGGUGUUUAUAUAUAAUGUGAAUGAGAUCUUUAGAAGACAUUUAGUUUUCAGUUGUACUAAUCUGUUGUGUGAAGGAAUACCCAGGGUAUUUUCUUUUCAACAUUUCAAAUGAGGUCACCAAAGACUUAAGAAUGACAUGUUGAUGCUCAGAGUACUUGUGUGAUCAUAUCUAUCUGAAGAUAUUCUACUGAUUUGCCGAGGACGAGUGAAAUGUGAAAUCCCCAUGAAUUAAAUUGGCAAUGAGAUGCAGAACAAAAAAAAAA